CCAAGCAAGAGCUUGAGUACUUGGGCCAUUUUGUCACGCCGAAAGGCAUUCGUCCCUUAGCGGACAAGAUCCAAGCCAUCGUGGAUUGGUCGAAACCCCGUUGCACGACGGAUGUACGCUGUUUUAUGGGAUUGGCUGGAUAUUAUCAGCGUUUCGUCGAGUCAUACUCGAAAAUGGCCGCUCCUUUGUCGAGACUUCAGUCCCCGAAGGUGCCCUUCGAGUUCGACGACGCAGCCCGUGGCGCGUUCACUACGUUGAAGGCAGCGAUGCAAGCCGCACCUGCCCUCCGUAUAUAUGACCCCACCCUACCCACCCAAGUGACUACGGACUCUUCGGGAUACGGUAUUGGUGCGGUGUUGGAACAGUGUCACRAGGACGGUUGGCAUCCGGUUGAGUACUUCUCCCAGAAGGUGCCUCUCGUCAACACUCUUGAUGACGCUAGGAAGAAAGARCUACUCGCGUUCGUCACCGUCCUCAAACGGUGGCGCCACUUUCUUCUCGGCCGUCGGCGUUUUAAAUGGAAUACGGAUAAYAAUCCGUUGACAUUUUACAAAACGCACGACACGGUCAUUAGUACGAUCGGUCGAUGGAUGUAUUACAUCGACCAGUUCGAUUUUGACCCAUGUCACAUUCCCGGUCCCGCCAAUCGAGCGGCGGACGCCCUCUCACGACGGCCAGACUUUUGCGCCAUUGUGACCACGGCAUUCGACCUCGAUAACGAUCUGCAACAGCAUUUCGUCAAAGGCUACAAGUCCGAUCCGACGUACUCUACGCUUUAUGCGGAGCUUUCAUCGGAUCACCUGCCGGCUAGCCAUUACCGGAUUUCCGACGGGUUCCUUCUCCUUCACUCGAGAGGAACGGACUUGUUAGUUGUGCCCCAAGAUCGUAUCUUACGGACUCGUCUUCUCGGCGAAUUCCACGAUGCACGACUUUCGGCACACCUUGGUGUGAACCGCACACUCGCACGCCUCCGCCAGCGUUUUCACUCGCCCAACGUUCUUCACGACGUCACAAGGUACAUUGAGUCAUGUGCAGUUUGCCACCAUAACAAGGUCGAUCUCGAGUCCCCUUCGGCGAACUAAAACCGUUACCGAUCCCUCGGGCGCCACGCCUCUCCAUUGCUAUGGACGUGACAGGCCCGUUUCCCCGCGAUCGCCACGGCCAUGACGGCAUUCUCACGGUCGUUGACCGUUUAUGUAAGUAUGCUCGCUUUCUUCCUUGCAAGUAUCAUGCUGCAGCGCCUAAGCUCGCACGACUCUUGCACACCGGUUGGAUUACCAACCAAGGUGUUCCGAAAGACAUAGUGAGCGACCGAGACACUCGCUUCAUGUCAGCCUUUUGGACUUCUCUCAUGACGGAGUCCGGCACGACAAUGAAGCCGAGCUCGGCUC